AGGGUGUGUGUGUGUGUGUGUGUGUGUGUGUGUAUGGCUCGGGAGUCGCUGUUGAUGCCGAGCCACAGACCUACCUACCUUCAGUUCACCGGAUCUGUGCUGCAGUGCGCGCAGUCAGUCAGUCUGUGCGCCGUCACUACAGUGGACUAGUUUAUCUGCGGUGUGGACAAACACACAAGGAGCUUUGUGUCUCUUGGUAUCGACCGUUCGGAUCUUAAGUCUGUUUGCGUGACAGCCGCGAGGACGGAACUUUACGCAGGGAAACAGCCGGGUGAGUCUGCGAGGCUACACCUGAGGAAUAUUUGCACAGGCUGAAUUUGAAACCAGUUUGUAUUCUCCUCCCAACUCCACUUGUUGAUGGGGCACUAACAGGCUCCCCCGGCUGUCACAUCGCGGGGAUAUUCUUAUGCGUAAUUUGGAUUUAAAAAAAAAAAAAAAAAAAACAAAACAAAACAGAAAAAGAACCUGUCCGGUGGCAGGGCGGAAGAAGUUUCCGUGAGGCUGACUGUGUGGCAGAUGGUGGUGAUGUUUGGCGCCCGGUAACAGCCCUCGACAUCAGAUCGUGUUACGCGGGGGCUGCUACCGGGUGAGCAGCGGCAUGGGGAACCAGAUGGACAAACUGUCACAUUUAAGUUACGCAGAAGUUCCCACGGUGGACCCGAACGGCGUGGAUACGGAGGACGGACCGCGGAUCGGCGUCUCGUACAUAUUUUCCAACGAUGACGACGAGCUGGAGGACGGCUGCGCUGUCGACGGCACAGAGAGGGACCCGAAUCAGGAAGAGAAACAGUACGACCAGCGCGACGAGGUGGAGUGCGCCGUCUACAACAGGGAUGAGUGUAUUUACGAGAACGCCAAGUCUGCCAGUCUGGAGGUUUACUCCCCGGAGAAUCUGCUGAACAAAUGCAAGCAGGGCGACUUGGUGGAGUUCGUGGCGACGGGACAGUACCCGCACUGGGCCGUGUACGUAGGGGACUUUCAGGUGGUGCACCUGCACAGAGCCGAGGUGAAAAACAGCUUCCUGACGGACGCCAGCCAGGGGAGGAGGUGCCGGAUCGUCAACGACUUGUACAAAUUCAAAGCCCUGGGUCCGGACAUGGUGGUGCAGAACGCGAUGGAGCAGGUGGGGCUGAAGGACCGAGAGCUGAGCUGGAGAAACUCCGAGUGCUUCGCAGCCUGGUGCAGGUUCGGCAAGAGGGAGUUCAAAAUGGGCGGGGAGAUACGGAUAGGCAAGCAGCCCUACAGGUUGAAAAUAUUCAUGUCGGACAAACACUCGCACGUGCUGGAGUUUCAGAGUUUGGAGGACAUGGUCAUGGAGAAGAGGAGGAACGAUCACCUGGGCAGGACAGCCGUGUUGCAGGAGCUGGCCACUCACUUCAACAGCGUGGAGGAGGCGAAAAGUUCUUCAAAAUAACUGCUUUGCAAGUAGAGUAGCCUUUACCAAACACAAACUGUUACACCCUGCUUAAAUCUAUAGCAAGCCCUCACUCCUCCAUCUUAGUUUGAAUUGGAGCGCACGUGACACCAUUUCUACUUGAAUAUUGUCAUUUUAAUCACUGUUUUUGUUCUCUGUUUUCAUGAGUUUCUAUCAUGUUACUGCCUUAAAGCUACAAUUCUCAACAUGCUCUGAUGCUAAAUGGCCUUAGCAAUUAUGAAUUCAAUUACCCAAAAGAAAUUGAAUGGAUUGAAUGAGUUGAUAGGCUUGUCUGUGGCUCCAGCAGCCACAUCCACCCUCCACAUCCACACACACAGGAUGUAUAGUUUUCUAAAAGCUUUACACGUCUGUCUUAAACUGUCAUGAUCCUGUAAGUAGACUGAACGUUUCUCUAUUCAUACUGUGUCCCGUUACUUGAUCCUUGUGUGGUUUCAGCUUCAUCCCCCUCAGCUCAACCCAGAUGAGCAAAAUUGUCAGAGCUGCUCUCUGAAUACAAGAAGGAUCUCUUUCUGCCUUUAAGGGUAAAUUCUCUCACACCAGCACAUCUGAAGAAAAACGCUGUGGAGCUGGUCUGUGUCACUCUGAUCAAAGUCUGUGUUAAAUGUACCCCAACGUUCAAGUAAACCACGAGUCGUUGUCUCCUUUUCAACAGAGUCUUCUGUCAUGUUGUGUUAUUUAGACACAUAACAUUCCUUUCUCCCACACUAGUGUCUGUUUGAUGAGUUGAAUACGCGCAUAGUCCCGUCUUCUUCAUGUUAUCUCAAAGUCUUUUUAGACAUGAGUAGAAUUUGCUGGGUUCGACAGGUUAAAUGUUCGACUUGCUGCAGAAGAGGCAAUUUUUUAAUUGUUGUCAAAACAGAGCAAAUUAGAUUUGUGUUUUUCCACCAUAGACAACAUUUAUAGGAGUAGAAUGUGGUCUGUUGUUUUAGUGUGUAAUUGUCAGAAAAUAGAAGCCUAAGUGUGGUGUGUUUUCCUUCAAAAAUGGCUAAAUCACCACAGAUAACUGAGACGCAAAUAGCCGUAAUGUUCGAUAUUUCACUUGACAUUUUUAAGUGGUUGAACCAUCUCUUUUCAAAAGGUGCUUGACCAAAAUUUCAUGUGUCAGAAUUGUCCCUGUUGCGUUAAAAUAAAUGGUUGGUAGACUUUUAAUUUGACUAUUACCAAAGAAUGCUGUAGACUGCUGUGGGGCUGGUGAUCCAUCCAGUGUAUAGUUUUACAACGGUAGAUUGUCUUACAGUGAAUUGGUGCCACUUUAUAUGAAUAAAUAAUCUAUUAAUGCUUUAUUUUAUCAGUCAUAAGCCAUUAAAGACACAAUUUUUGGAUUCCCCAACUGUGAAAAUCCCCCAGCCUCUAUGACCACAUAUCUUGCCGAGGAGUGGCUGCAGAGGAUCUAGAUCAAAAUCCAUUUAUUGAGAACUUAUCAAGCGAUUACUAUAUUAUGUAUUAUCGAGCUCACUGUUUAUUUAGACGUGCUGAGGCAAAAGCAACUGGACUUGUUUUUCUAUCACCAGAUAGAAGCCAAAGGGCUUUUCUUACAACAUCUCAACCCAAAGUGUGUUCUUAUUAAUAGCUUAUAAGUUCUAUAUAAAACAUUAGUAGACGAUUGAUUACCCAUUAAUAAAUUCAUCAGUUACAACCUUUAUAAAGG